AUGGCACAAGAAAGUUCCGGUGCUCGUAGAAGCAGAACGGAUGCUGUUUGGAUCCACUCAGGAUCUCCUCAUUGCUGCGUAUACAGUGGGCACUCGGACUCAGUGAUCUGCUUGCAUGGAACAAGAGGGAAGUUGAUCAGCGGAUCGGUGGAUUCGACCAUCAGAGUUUGGUCGACCAGUCAGCCCACGUGUGAGGCCGUACUGGAAGGACACACUGAUUGGGUUCGAUGCAUCGACUGCCGUGGAUCCACGAUAGUGAGUGGCUCAGAUGACUGCACGAUCAAGAUAUGGGACCUUGACAGUGGAAAGCUCAUGAAGAGCAUCGAGGCGAAGUCCAUGAACUGUCUGCAACUGUUCGGGGAUGUUGUCUUCUACGGAAGCGAAGAAGGGAGCAUCUUCAUUCUCGAUGUCGAAACCGGGCAGCAGCUUGCCGCACUCACUGGUCACUCGCAGUCAAUCAAUUGUAUGCAGAUCUGGGAUGAGGGAGAAGUGCUGGUGACAGGCUCGGGCGACUGCACCGUUCGCUUCUGGUCGCUGGCGAAUCAUCAAUGCCUGUACAUCUACCAGCAUCAUUCAUUCUCAGUCAAUUGUCUUUGUAUUGCUGACUCCACGCUGUUCACGGGAUCAGGCGACUGCACAUUGAGGGCCAUAAAGAUAAGCAAUAACCAGACUGAUGGCGAAGGCAUCAGUUUUUCAGGACAUACCUCGCCAGUGUUCUGCCUGCAUGUGAAGAACGAACUUCUCUUUAGCGGUGCAGGAGAUUGCUCAGUGCGAGUCUGGAACAAGAUGACCGGAGAGUGUGUCCUACACCUCCCGGGAUCUCCUGGCACGAGCGAUAUCAUGCGAGCAACAGGGCACAUGGACUGGGUGAAUGCCAUCUGGGCCGAUGGGGAAGUUGUGUUUUCAGGGUCAGUGGACAAGACGAUCAGAAGGUGGCAU